AUGAUACCAGAGAAGGCAAACCUGGGCAUCAAGAAGAGAAAGAUCAAAGCCGAAGAUGCCUCUUUGCCUGCAGAAGGAGACCCCACUGCUACCCACAAGGCGAAAGCGCGGAGAGCAGCCCAAGAAAUCGCUGUCAAGGGCGAUGAGGCCAUAAAGGAAAGCGGAGUUCCCAUUGCCGUCGAUGCGCAGGGGCCUCCAGAAGAAGGCACCACAUCUGCUUUAAGCAGCUUAGAACCUCACAAUGAUUCCUCUACACCACCAGGCCGAGAGCGACCUUAUGGCCCCCAUUCGCGCGAACUGUACUGCAUUGCAGGUUGUUACAAAGCCUUAUACUUCUUAUGUUGUAGUCGAUGCAACAUCAAAAGGAGAAUUUUUGCGUCGUCCCUCUCGAAUUUGUUUUCUGUAUGUCCAGGCCCUUCCGGGGGGUUUUUUUCCGAUGUCUUGUUUGAGUCACUGGAUAUUUGCGAUCCAGUCAAGAGGGCACUAGGGGAAAUGAAGAUGGAGAGGCUUACAGAGAUUCAGGCCAAAGCCAUCCCCCGACUUCUCGAGGGAAAGGAUGUGCUUGGCGCUGCAAAAACAGGCUCUGGCAAAACGCUCGCCUUCCUGGUCCCUGCUAUGGAAUUGCUGUAUCAAGUCAAGUUCUUGCCGCGUAAUGGCACAGGGGUCUUGGUGAUAUCACCUACCCGCGAGCUGUCUCUGCAGAUCUAUGAUGUAGCGGUGGAGUUGGCCAAGUACCUCCCGCAAACUCUGGGGCUGGUUAUGGGGGGCGCCAACAGAAAGAACGAAGCCGAGAAAUUGUGCAAGGGUGUUAAUGUCCUCGUGGCUACUCCAGGAAGAUUGCUUGACCACAUGCAAAACACCAAGGGAUUUGUUUACAAGAAUCUGCUCUCCCUAGUGAUAGAUGAGGCAGACAGAAUCCUAGAAAUCGGGUUCGAGGAGGAGCUGAAUGCCAUCUUGGCGCUUCUUCCAAAGACGAGACAAACGUGCUUAUUCUCCGCAACUCAAACCGCUAAAGUUGCUGAUCUAGCCAGGCUCUCACUCAAGAAACCCGUUUUUCUACAGGUGCAGAAUUCGGUGGCCACUGUCUCGGGUCUACAGCAGGGAUACGUUAUCUGUCCAGCUGAGCAGCGGUUUCUGCUGCUGUUUACAUUCCUGAAAAAGAACCGAGACAAGAAGGUAAUGGUGUUUUUCAGCAGCUGCAUGUCUGUCCGGUUCCACGAUGAGUUAUUCAACUACAUCGACCUCCAGACUACCUGUAUCCACGGGAAAAAAAAGCAAGGAGCACGAAUGUCAACGUAUUACGAAUUCUGCGAGGCCGAAAAGGGAAUUCUUCUGUGUACUGACGUUGCUGCAAGGGGCUUAGACAUUCCCAAAGUAGACUGGAUAGUGCAAGUAGAUCCCCCUGAUGAUCCUCGGGAGUACAUUCACCGUGUUGGCCGCACAGCACGUGGUGCGGGCGGCAAGGGCAAAGCUUUGAUGUUUUUGAUGCCUGAAGAAAUAGGAUUUUUGCGUUAUUUGAGGCAAGCAGGAGUUCCGUUGAAUGAGUACAGCUUUCCCAGCUCGAAGUUAGCCAAUGUCCAGACACAGUUGGAAAGGCUGAUCGAAAAGAACUACUAUCUCCAUAAGUCGUCUCGCGACGCCUACCGAUCCUACCUUCAUGCGUAUGCAUCUCACGGAUUGAAAGAUAUCUUUAAUGUGUACAACUUAGACCUGCAGCGGGUGGCACGGGCGUUUGGUUUUUCUGUCCCUCCUAAGGUGGAGCUGAAUUUGAAGGCAAAGGGAAGAGGAAGCAACAAUCUUGAAAAGAAGAACAAACGAUUUGGAGGCAGCGGUCAUCGAUUCUCAGCGGCCAAUCCAUACGGUGUCAGGGACCCGAACGACACCCGGCAGUUUUGUCACUAG